AUGCCGCCGUCUGGGAGAAAAGUUCCUGUGACGGUUCUCACCGGAUUCCUGGGAUCUGGAAAGACGACCCUGCUGAACCACAUCUUGAGCGUUCGGCAUGGAUUGAAGUUCGCGAUCAUCGAGAAUGAAUUUGGUGAGGUCGGCGUCGAUGAGCACGUCAUCAAGGAGGACUCCGAAGAGCAAGUCAUCGAGGUGAUGAAUGGCUGCAUUUGCUGCACCGUGCGGGGCGAUCUGGUGAAGGUGUUGAAACGACUCCGCGACAGACUGGAAACUUUUGACGGUGUCAUCAUUGAGACCACUGGAAUGGCUGACCCAGCACCGGUUGCUCAAACCUUCUUUGUCGACCCCGAGAUCCAGAAGGAUUACCACCUGGACUGCAUUGUCACUGUCAUUGACAGCAAGCAUGUGCUCCAACAUCUCAGAGAGGAGAAGCCGGAAGGUGUCGAAAACGAGAGCGUCGAGCAGAUCGCAUUCGCGGACAAGAUUAUCCUCAACAAGACCGAUCUGGUGGACGAUGCGCAGUUGGCAGAGGUUGUGGCCGAGGUGAAGAAGAUCAACAGCUCCGCCGAGAUGAUCAAGGCGCAGCACAGCCAGGUGGACCCGACAAAGCUGCUGGGCGUCAACGCCUUCUCUUUGGACCGUGUGCUUGAGAUGGACCCCGAGUUCAUGGACACGGAGGGCGAGCAUCAGCACGACAACAGCAUUAGCUCGAUUAGUUUCAAGUUCGAAGGGGAGGUGAAUGUGAACAAGCUCGAGAUGUGGAUCAGCGAGAUGUUGCAGACUAAGGCUACGGACAUGUUCCGCUACAAGGGCAUGUUAGCGGUGAAGGGCAUGGAGACAAAGUACCUGUUCCAGGGUGUGCACAUGCUCUUCAACGGCGGCUUCGAAGGGGGCUACAAGUGGAAGGAGGGCGAGAAGCGGGAGUGCCGCUUUGUGUUCAUCGGCCGCAACCUGGACAAGAUCCUCCUGGAGAAGAAGUUCAUGGACUGCAAGGUCCUCUCUGAGGCAAGGUUCAACACCGGCGACAAGGUGGAGGCCAAUGUGCCCGGAGGAUGGACGAAAGGGACGAUCCUGAAGGUCUGGGACGACGGAAACCCGUACCGCAUCAAGCUUGACAACGGCACCGAGGUCUGGGCGCCGGAUGAUUCGGAUGACUUUGUGCGAUCCGUUCGCCAGAAGGUGGAAGGCGGCUACAAGUGA